AUGUCGGACGAUAGCUUAGGAAUCAAGACCGAACUAGAGGACAUCAACGAGGAUGAAGUAAAGUACGAUUCAGAUGGCCCAGGAAGAGGCGCAUCACCUGGACGACCACCGUCAUCAGCCGCAUCUGUUGGAUCUGUCGGUUCUGGCGCCUCUAGUGGCAGUGGGAGUCGAGGACGAAGACGCACUUGGAAGAAACCAAAGGACAAACCCAAACGGCCGCUGAGUGCUUACAAUAUCUUUUUCAAACAUGAACGUUCUCGGAUUGUAGAAGGACGAGAAGACAAUCCUUCUCCAGCUGAAAUUGUUCGUUCCAUUGAACAAAUUCUUUCAACCUCUCGAGAAACCAGACGGCAUCGACGCACUCAUGGUAAAAUCAGUUUUGGAGAUUUAGCCAGAAAGAUUGCAGAAAAGUGGAAGGUUGUGGACAAAGAAAGUAAGGCGGUCUUUGAACAUUACGCAGAAAUAGAUACUCGAAGAUAUCGAAAAGAACUCCAGCUCUGGAAAGACCGCAAAGAACAACAGGCUUUGUCCGGUUCGAUGCACGAGAAAUUCAAUACUUCCAUCUCUAGUUUGGAUGGGGAAGUCAACGAUGAUAACGAACUGUCCUUGGACCAAUUGGGACCUUCCAAUCACUCCUAUGGAGGUCACAGUAGUUUUGGUGAAGCUUGGGGGGCUAGGUAUUCCAUGAACUCUUCCUUUUCCAGUAUCGAUUCGACCGAAAUUAGCCUGGAACCGCUUCCAAUCAAUGACAUGUCAAGAGGACCAAUUGGAAGGUCUCAACACAGUACCAAUACAGGGUCUCUUUCCGGAUCAGGAUCCGGUGCAAGUUUCCCAGGUUUGGGAAUGGAAGUCGGUGUUCCAGUCGUCCAAGCAGGUGGAGGCAACACCCCGAUUGGUGGCAAUACUACCGUUCCUACCACUGCGUUCUCUCAACUGAAUGUGGGAGGGAACAUGUCCAACGGUAUGCAGAAUAUGCAAAAUGGUAUGCAGAAUAUGCAAGCCAUGCAGAAUUUGCAAAAUUUGCAAAAUAUGCAAAACAUGCAGAAUAGUAUGCAAAACAUGCAACCCAAUGAAAUUGCCUUGUUCAAUCAACAACAACAAUUGCUCAACAAUAUGCAAUUCGGAAAUAUGCAAAAUACAAUGGGGCAAAUGGGACAAUUAGGGCAAAUGGGUAUGGGACAACAGCAGAUGGGCCAAUUUGGGCAAACGGGGCAACAACCGAUGGGACAAGUAGCGCAGCAAAUGGGUCAACAACAGCAACAACAACAACAACAACAACAACAACAACAACAAAAUAUGAAUGCACUGGACUUUCAACAACAACAGCGGUCGCUGCAAGAACAACGGCAACAGCUAUUGUUGUUGCAACAGCAACAGCAAAUAUUGCAACAACAGUUAAUUCAACAGCAAAACAGUCUACGGAUGCAACAAGCUAGUCUGGGACAACAGCAGCAAGGCAAUUUUGGGCAGCAGCAGCAGCAAUCAAUGGGCAUGGGUCAAGCAAAUGGUGCUCAGGGACAAAAUAAUAAUAUGGGGGGAGGAGGAGGAGGAGGAGGCGACAUGACAGAUACCUUGAACACUAAUCACUUGGAUCUCUCGAAUGUCCGAUGA